GAAAAAGAUUACUCGUGACGCGUCGUCAACUUCUUUCCACCUCUCUAUUGUUAAUGAUAUCACCUCCUCCACCUCCAUGGGCGGGAAGAGCAUGAUCAUCCCUGCCAUCCAUAAGUUUCUGGUGAGCAUAACCGCUCUCUUUCUCGUCGCCUUCUUCUCACUCCAUCUCUCUCGCCACCAUGUCUUAUUCACCGGCCAUCUCGAUUUUCCUAAUAUUCCCACCUCAAACCUCACCGCCGCCAUCACCCUCCAAUACAACAACGCCGUCGCCGAUGAUGAAUCACAACCCAUGCUCCGCAACGUCUCCUCAUUGCUUCAUCACCACUCCGUUCUUCUACCCGACUGGGAGGUUUUGCUCAUCGUUCCAGCCAAUAACGAAAGCUUUGAUUUUUUUGCAGAUUACGUUUGUCUAUUCCAGAAUAACGCCACCUCGCCGGUCACCUUAUCCGGACCAUUGUCGACCGAUCGAUUUGCUUUCAAGUGCACUAUGCCUAAUAGCGUUCGACGUCUCCGUCCGUUCCUUCAGCCUGUUAUGACCAAGCGCUUGGAGAAGGAGGCGACGCAGCUUGUUCAAAUGCCAGAGCUCUAUAGAUGGAAUUUUCUCGUUUACGAAUCGUUUUCCACGGAAAAUGAUGUCGUUUUAUUCGCUAAAGGGCUUAAUAAUCGACAAGGGAUCAACCGUUCGCCGAGCGAGUUCAAUUGCGUGUUUUAUCACGACUCCGCCAAAAUCGUCGCCGUUAAAACCUCCAUCACGAGCUCCGCACAAGAGGUUUUCAGAUGCCCUCACCCGAACAUAACGGCGCCGUUUAUCUCUAACGACGACGACGACGACGACGACGAAGACGGAGAACAAAAAAUCAAAGUCUCUAUUGAAAUCAUCAGCGAGAAUAAUUUGGUGGUUCCGUCCGUAACGUAUUACGAGCCACGUCAGAUGCCACAGUCAAAGUCAAAGUCUCACUUGUGCGCGUCCACCAUGGUCUACAACGCAGGUAAGUUCUUGAAAGAGUGGGUUAUGUACCAUUCGAAAAUCGGAGUCGACAAGUUUAUAUUAUACGACAACGACAGUAGCGACGAUAUUAAAAAUGUCGUUCAAGAGUUAAACGACGAAGGAUUCGACGUAACGACAAUAUUCUGGGUUUGGCCUAAAACUCAAGAAGCAGGGUUCUCCCACAGCGCGGUCCACAGUAAGGAUUCGUGCACUUGGAUGAUAUAUGUUGAUGUAGAUGAAUUCAUUUACUCCCCAUCAUGGAUUGAUUCCUCAAAACCAUCAAAAUGGAUGUUAAAGUCCCUACUCCCACCACUCUUACCAACUGAUCAAUCUAGUGACAUUGGUCAAAUCUCCAUAAGAUGUAACGAAUUUAGUCCUUCUAGUCAACGGUCCCACCCAAUAGAAGGUGUGACUCAAGGGUACACGUGUCGAAGAAAUGUGGAGCAAAGACACAAGUCUAUUGUGCUACUGGAUGCAGUGGAUCCAUCGUUGCUCAAUGCAAUUCACCAUUUUCGGAUGAACGAUCAGUACAAGACGGUGACAUUGAGCCUCGACAGAGCGGUGGUCAACCACUACAAGUACCAAGCUUGGAGUGAGUUUCAGAACAAGUUUCGAAGAAGGGUUUCAACCUAUGUCGUUGAUUGGAAGGAGAAGGCUAAUCUAGGCUCCAAUGAUCGAACACCUGGGUUAGGGUUCGAGGCCGUGGAGCCUGAAGAUUGGAACCAAAAGUUUUGUGAGGUUAGGGACGAAAGGUUGAAGAUGGUUAUUCGGAAAUGGUUUGGAUCUCGAACAUCAUAUGGAUAUAAAUUGGCUUGGCAAACGUGAAACUAUGUGAUGAUUAUUUUUAGGUAGGAAUUUUUUUUUUUGACAUUAUUUAAAAAAAAUUGAAUUAGGAUUAGAAAAUUGGAAAGGUUGAAAUGGGGUUUUUGAUUGCUUGUAUGGGUUGGUUGGUAUAUUAUAUGGUGGGAAGUAGUGAAGGUAGGGAAUCAGGAUUCUUAAUAUUUUUAUAAUUUAUUCUUUCUUUUGUGCAAGUAAUUAACUUCUUCUUCUUCUUAUUAUUAUUAUAAAAAGAAAACUACUCUAUCGAGAUGUGUCGAAAAAUGCCCCAAAAUUUAAGAUGGAACCGCAUAAAAUGUAGCAUAAUUUUGAAAAUAAGACAGCUAUUUU